GUAUCCGUUUCGCAUUUUUCGCAAACUUAGCGCCAAAUACGAAAGUCGAAGAGUCGCCGUCGACGUUGAUAAGGUUGUGAAUCGCUUGGCGCGCGAUCGCUAACCCGCCCGAGUUGGAACGCCGCGCUCGCCUAUGAUCCGAGGUGGACACGGCGCACCGCUCCAAUCGGCCGCGUUUCACGUAGAAAAUUCUGACAGCUCGAAACCGUCACAAGAAAUAAUGUCGUUUUUAUUACAUUUUUUGAUAAAUUAUUAUUCUAGUUGUGAUCCGACGAUCGGUCGGCGGCCUUAUCGAUUUUCCUAUUUAGCGCGCGACUGUAUUUUGUACUUUUUCGAAAGGUCCGCAUGCGAGUGUCUAGGCGCUUUCGAAAAACGUUUUACUUGUAUUUUCUCGCGGCGAACGGACGUCGUGCGCGGUGCCGUAAAUUGGUAAUAAUUCCGUUCAUUACACGGUAAUACGCCGCUCGAAUAUGGGUUAGUGCUUCGAUGGGAGUAACGAGACGGUGUCGAAGUCGACAGUGCAACGUUUAAAAUGUUUGUUACAGUGCGUGUUUUUACUGUUUUGUUUGUCUAAUAGUUGUGUCUAGUGCAUUCCGUGCGUGAAAGCAUUCGGUAGAAUUGUGUUUUUAUGUUGUGACGGAUGUCUGGGGGACGAAGCGGCGGGUUACAACGCAGCCGAGAUCGCAUGUCGGCUGGCCACCCGUCUGUUGCUUGGACUACUCGCAGUUGCACGUAUCAGUAACCAAGCAGGAACAUUCCAUUAUUCAAGUAUUCCCAGAAGAUAUAUUAGUUCCCAUGAUACCAAAGUUCUAGAAGCAAGCGUGGCGAAGCUGUGGAAAAUGGUGCCCCAGCAGUACUGUUUGCGGUGGAAACACCACCAUACCAAUGUGCAGAAUAUGUUCGCACAACUACUGGAAAAAGAGCGAUUCUGCGACGUUACACUGUACUGUUCGCCGAGUUUUGCAACACAAGUACCCAACAAGGAUACUGUCGAGCCAGAGAACAUAAGAGGCGUCUCGCUUAGAGCACAUAGAGUUGUACUCGCGGCAUGCUCGGAACUACUGGCUGCAUUACUUGGCGCUCACGAGGCGCAUGGUGAGCCAGUACUGGUCAUAGACGGGGCUGAGCCGCGGCAUCUACGCGCACUACUCGACUACAUGUAUACUGGAGAGAUGAGUGUACAUCACUCACAGUUGGCGAGUCUGUUGAAGACGGCAGAGGAGCUGAGGAUCAAAGGUCUGACGGAUAUACGGUGGAGUAACAAAGAUGAACCUCCCGAUUGUGAAUCUGGCGUUAUCACAACAACAACUUUGAAUCAAGAUAAAUCACAGAUAAUUGAGAAGCAACAAGAAAAGGCAAGACGCACACCAGAGACCAGACCAGAAAGACAGAUCGAGACGAGACCGGAGGCGAGACCGGAGACCACAGACACCAGGGUUCGGAGUAAACGGGAUUCGGAGACGAGUCAUACUGAAAGUAAAGAAGCUAAGACAACUGAAAAAUUUAAUGUUAACGGAGGACCUCCACCUUUAAUAAAGCUACCACUAUUAGAAAAAACAAGUCCGGUUAAAAGAGAAAGUGAUACUAAAAGUCCAAGUCCGAAGAGAAAACGUGUUACCAGCGCAACUGAACAUACGGAUGAGGAAUCACUGACGCCUAAAACGGAAGGAGAAUGGCAACAUGGAAAUUUGGACAUAUCCGCGGAACGUGUGGUCAGUUGGGGAGCUGGAGACAGCGGGGAAUGGUCACGAGAAGGAUCAGAUGAUGAAUGGGCUGACGCGCCGGCUGACAUCGGCUCGUUUCUGAGCACCAGUUUACGUGUGGACGGCGACAAUAGUGCUGAAGAUUCAGAAGACAGUACCGCUCACACUGGAUCCAGUUCGACAGUAACCACUGCCGGUCCAGCGGGGCCAGCCGGUGAGCCAUUCACUCUUAUACCAAAUCCGAACCCGACGGGUAAAAAUAAACAAAUAGACCCUCGAUUCACGGACGUCGUCAAACUCAACGAUUAUCUGCAGCACGGCAGACGGCCUCAGUUCUGGGAGGAGAGUUACGUCAAGAAGGUGAUGGAGGCGGUGCGACUCAAGGAGUUGGAGAUGAAGCACGCUGCGGAGCUACUCGGCGUCAGCUACGGCACUUUGUAUGGACGGUACAGAGAUGUGUAUGGAUGUAUCAACCGGCCAUACCGUGUGUGCAGCACCCGGGAGCUGUGGCACGCUGGACCGGCGGAUGUACUGGAGCGGCUGCAGCGAGGUGAGGUCACGAGAGAGGCGGCAGCACUCGCCCUGGGCGUCUCACCUGCCAACCUCGCCGCUUACGUGCUAGAUCUAGCUGCUGAUAAAGAAUUCGAGCCGAUUCCGAUAGAAAUGGACACAUCAGUGAAGAUGCGCACGCGCGCUGUCAGCGGAACGGCUGCCCCCAAGCCGCGCAAGUCGCCGCAUAAUGAUAAGCAAAGUAAAAAAUCGCUGGGCAACGUGACAGAUGAAGAGGGCGGACCCGCGACCGCUCAUGAUAAGUGCCAGUAUACACAGGCUGCCUCCAGUGGUAAAUGGCCGUCAAUCCGUGUAGCGUCAAUAGAAUCGCUACGGGAAGCCUCCGCAUCGGGUGCUUCGCCCUCGCCCUCCGCCCUCAUGCGCACUCGCCCCGAUCUUACUAUAGUCGCGGCGCGACGCAGGGACGACGACAACUGAGACCGACAAGGAUAUCUGACCCGGUUAUAAAUUAAACUAAAUGUCAUGAUUUAUGUCUGUAGCUGCCUUGUCAUAUGUCAUGUCAUGGUUUCUUUUUUUUAUAUCAUAAGAUGACAAACGUGCGAGCGGUCACCUGUAAUCGCUGAAAUAGCAAAGUGA